GCGGCAGGUUUUUGCGCAGUGUGCAACAAUUCCUGCGGCGCCGGCAGCAUGUCCAUCUCGCAGUUCUACAUCUUGAGCAGCCGCGGGGACACGGUGCUCGCCAACGACUUCCGCGGGGACGUGGCCAGCGACAGCGCCGAGAUCUUCUUCCGCAAGGUCAAGUUCUGGGACAAGGGCGAUGCGCCGCCGGCCUUCUACGUCGACGGCGUCAACUACCUGUACGUCAAGAAGAAUGGCCUCUACUUUGUGGCCACGACGCGCUUCAACGUGUCGCCAGCCUACAUCCUCGAGCUCCUCACGCGCCUCUGCCGCGUCUUCAAGGACUACUGCGGCGUGCUCUCGGAAGAGACACUGCGCAAGAACUUCAUCUUGUGCUACGAGCUUUUGGACGAGACGCUCGACUUUGGCUACGCGCAAGACACGAGCACGGAGGGCCUUAAAGUGCACGUGCACAACGAAGCGAUCCUCGUCGGCGACGCGGCGCUGGCCAAGGCCAAGCCGAGCACGCUCCUCGGACGGCCGUCCAACAUCAAGGCGGCCAAUGCCGUGCGCAAGCCCGUGGCGACGGGCCAAUCGGCCAACAAGAAGGACGAGAACGAGCUCUUUUGCGACAUCCUCGAGCGCCUCAACGUCGUCUUUGCGCCGAGCGGGCAAAUGCUCAACGCGAGCGUCGAAGGGCGCAUCCAGAUGAAGUCGUACCUCGCCGGCAACCCCGAGCUGCGGCUCGCGCUCAACGAGGACCUCGUCAUUGGGCAAAAGUCGUCGUCGUACGGCCAAGUUGUGCUCGACGACUGCAACUUUCACGAGUGCGUCCAGCUCGACGAGUUUGAGCGCGACCGCGUCCUCGUCUUCACGCCGCCCGACGGCGAGUUCACGGUCAUCAACUACCGCAUCACGGGCGACUUUCGCGCGCCGUUCCGCAUCUUUCCCUUCGUCGAAGAGCAGUCGCCGACCAAGAUUGAAAUGAUCCUCAAGGUGCGCGCCGACAUGCCCGACAACAACUAUGGCGCCAACGUCAUCAUCCGCUUCCCCGUCCCUCAAAACACCGUCAGCGUCUCGUGCGACAUUGGGAAAAACACGGCCGGGCAGCUCGCGGAAUUCCGCGAAAACGAAAACCAAGUGCGCUGGGCCAUCAAGCGCUUCGCGGGCGCGUCCGAGCUCACGCUGCGCGCCAAGAUCACGCUGAGUGGCCCGAGCCAGCACGUGCGCCGCGAGAUUGGCCCGGUCUCGAUGAACUUUGAGAUUCCCAUGUACAACGUCUCGACGCUCCAAGUCCGGUACCUCCGGAUUCCCGAGCACGCGCGCCACCCCAACUACAAGUACAAGCGCUGGGUGCGCUAUGUGACGCAGUCCAGCUCGUACGUCUCGCGCAUUUAGGAAGGCUCGCGCAUUUAAGAAGGCGAGAGUCCUAGUUGCUCGUUGCCUGAUGCAAAAGCUUACUUUUUCAUUUUCCA